CGCGGUCUACCGGGUGACAGCGAGGAACCAGAGGAUACACUUAUCAACCGCAUCUUCCCUCCAGAUUACAUGCAGGAACGGCAUCGUUUAGGCCAGGUGUCCCUGCGGACCUACGUACGGCUCAUCAUUGGCAAGUUGACUGGCCUUGAUCGGUCCCGAAAGGUAAUUACUGUUAAUGGCCAAUCAGAAGUCAGUUACGACUACCUUAUCCUCGCACCUGGACUGCAGUUUCAGGCACCCGUCCCUGUAGAAAUUGAAGCAGCUCAAAGGCACCCAUCGAAUCUCUUCACUCUCAACGAUAUGAUCCUGACGAAACACGCGAUCCGCUAUGUGCAAAGCAAACUCCUCCGUCCGAAGGACAAUUCGCGUGAGCUGGAAAAACGACCGAGUAUGAACGAGAAGCUCGUAGAGGAUCCCUACUUCCUUGAACGCGAAGAAUCCAAGGCGCACGAAGGACCGAUUGUAGUGUAUGGCAAAUGUGUGGAAGCCUACUUCUGUGUACAGGGUCUUCUGCAGUUGGGCGUGCCCGGUGUACGCAUCGUAAUGGUGCAGCCUUUGGACCUAUCCAGUGGUGUCCACGAAGCCUGGGUACAUAGGGGAUAA